GUGAUAUUAUUAUACAUAAAAACACAUUUUUAAUAUCUUUCUCUUUAAUAAAUGCACUAGUUUUUAUUAAAUUAACGUAAUAAUCUACACUGUUACAAUUCCAAGACUAACAAAGCACGAUGGAGGUUCAAUUUGGACCUAAUUCUGUGGAUGAACCGAAUUUGCUUUAUAAAUUGCAAAGGAAGAUAAAAGUUUUCAACACAAAUAACGCGCUGAGCAAUCGUGGAUACAACCUAGUAGGUAGCAGCAGCAAAUAUGGCAUUGUUUUUGUUGGAGCACCCGAUGGAACUUUGUCAGUGUAUCAACUGAAGGAAUUGAUUGACAAGGAUUGUGACCCUAAACACUUCCCAGUGAAAUUACUUGAGAAACCAACGCACAUUGCUGUUAGUUGUGACCAGGAGUUACUUGCCACCACAGGGGGGCAGCUUCUGUGUAUUUAUAAAGUAGCAGAUUUCCAGAAUGUGAAUGUAUCUCCAUCUGUGACUAUCAAAUUGGAUGUGAACCCGUCAACAUUUGUUUCGGCGCUGCAAUGGAACCCGUGCAUUCCUGAUAACAUUGCUAUUGCGUUUUUUGAUGGCACCCUCCUUGUUAGUACUGUGACAUCUUCUCAAGUUAAAAAAGUGCAGGCUAAAGCAAGAUGUAUCUGUUGGAGUCCAAAAGGCAAACAGCUUGUGACAGGCAACAGCGAUGGCUCUCUCUGCCAGUUCAAACCGGAUCUGACCUUGGCCAAGACAGUGCCUGCUCCGAACUUGUUCGAAGGAGCCCCAGUCGAAGCUUUGGCUAUUUACUGGAUAUCUACCUUCCAGUUUGCUGUUGUAUUCCGGGAUGCUUCAAGUGCUAGUCGUCCAUCUGUAACCAUCGUCAACACUCCAAAAGCUGGGCAGCCAUCUUGUCUGAACUUUGAAGAUAUUUGCUACAGCAUGGGAUCGAAUAGACCCUGGUAUUAUUAUCUUCAAGGAAUACCUCAAUGGAAUUUGAUCUUUGCGUCAUCAUCAAACAGCAUGGAAAUUGCAACACUGGGAUCGGCAGAUGGUGCCAACUGGGUGCAAUGGUGUCAGUCAGACGAAGCGCGGCCAGAGCUGCCGCUAACGGACAAGAAACAGGAGAACUACCCUGUGGGAGUGUGUAUCGACAUUUGUGGCAUACAUCAGCUACCUUGGGGGGAGAACGAGACCCUACCCCACAUGCCUCUUCUCCACGUGGUGUCUCAGACAGGGUUGCUCACGAUAUUCAACGUGAUCAACCUGAAGAAGGAUGCAGUACAAGUGUGCUUACCUCCACAACAGCAGCAACCUAUAGCCUUGCCUGGCGCUGCUUUGACUGGCGCUAUACCUGAUGACGUGCCAGCUCAAAUAACCAUUCCGGCGCCUGCGCCAGUUGUCGCAGCUCCUAAGCCUCAAAUACAACCUGCACCUCAAGCCGCUCCAACGCCUCAGCCCGCGCCAUCAGCGUUCAAUGCCAGUGGGCAGUUCCCUUCGAUGACUCCAAGUCAAGCUAAGCCUUUUGGCCUGCCCUCACAACCUGCUCCGAGUAUUGCAGCACCCACUCCGCAACUUCCGCCUAAACCAGAAGUGAAACCUGUGGCACCUGCGGUCCAAACACAACCUCCACCGCUACCACAAAAAACCCAAGCCGUACUGACGCCUAAACCCCAGCCGUCGCAGGCUUCAGAAAUAAACGCGGCGCUCAAAGCGGAGCAGGAGAAGAUGAACAAAAUGAAGGCCGACCAGGAACUCAAGAGCAUGCUCGUCAAAGAGGUCAAUGACUUCCAGAUGGAACUGUAUAAGUUUGUUUGUAAGACCCGGGAGGUGCAGAAUAAGCUCCAACAAGACUUAAACUCAAUAGACGCUAACUUUAACUUCCAAUCGCUAAACACGGAAGCUUUGAAGAAAGAAUGUUCUUUAGACGAGCUACGAGGAGCCAUAGUGCAGCUGAAGUUAGAGUUGGUUCGCGCAUGCGCUGUAGUUGCCGAGGCUCGGACACACGCGGAAGCGAAAGAUCUCCACCAAUGGACACAGGCGGACCCGCUGACCACCAAACGCGUGGCCUCUGUGAAGAACCUCGCUUACUACGUACAAACUCAGCUGGAACAAGCACAUAAGGCGCUCGACUACAAGUGGAACGAAAUGGCCGCUAGAGACCCGCAGUUUAACAAACCAGGCCAGCGUAUGAUCCGUCCUAUCCUAGACGACGUUUACCAACCGCUGGUGAGGCAGCAAGAGAUAUUGAGUAGACAACAAGCAGUACUGAGAACUCUGCGCAACACGCUUAAAGAGUGUGACACUGCGCCCAUGUUCAAGUCCACUUCGCUGCUUAGAAACACACCUUUUAGGAACAAGGACCCACUCUCUAAACUGACAAAGAACAUCCUUAACAUGAGCGUAGAACCUCAAAACAAUAAAACUAAAGACUCGCUUCUGACUCCACAUAAACUGGACGCACUUAGGGAUAUAUUAUCCAACCACAAGCCAACGAAAAUUAAACCUGUUAGUGUGGAGUUACGGCAGCAUUUGGCUCAAAUGAGGAUUAGUUAUGAGAAAAGCGUGAAAGAUAAGCCUAGUCCGGAAGUCUAUACUCAGCAAAUUCCAGUGAAAAUGGAACCUGCGCAACAACGCAAUGAAGCGACUAAAGCAAGCCUGUUUGAAGGGGCUAAGCCGAUCCAGUCAACCAAUGUACCUAUUAAACAAGAGAUGCCAAAGCCAGCACCACAAAUGAAUAUGCCCAUAAAUAUUCCAUCUUUUACCCCUGUAAGCAACGUGAAACCAUCAAUGCCUGGCGUGCAGAAUGUCGCCAGAACCUUGUUUACUGAAGACUCAAACAAGACGCAUUCUCCACCACAAACGGCCCAACAGCAGCCAAUAAAACCACAAACGUUUGGCUUCGCUCCACCAACGUCGACCAAUAUAACCGCAUCUGUGCACACUCGUAGCAUUCUCAAAGACAUGCUACAGAAUAAACAAGCGAACAUCGAAGCUAAGAACGAUGCUAAUACUUUUAUGGGACAGAAAAUAUGUUCGCCCAGUGCUUUUGCUUUCUCAACAGUACAAUCAGCGACUCCUCAAGCGCCUACCGCAUCGUUCACUUCCAAACCAAUUUCAGACAUAAAUAACAUGUUCAGCAAAUUUACACCCCAAGCAUUCUCUUCUGAAUCUAAACCUCAAGUUGCCAUCAAAACACAAUCUGAAGAAACCGGCGAAACUGUCCCAACAGAAGUACCUAAAGUAGCAGAAACUAAAAAGCAAGAAGAUAAACCACAACCGUCAAUGUUUCAAAUGAAAACAUCUACACCACUGACUUCUAGUACACAAAACGUGCCAGAUAUUAUAAAAGCUAACACCCAAACUACAACGAAAUCUGAAAAACCCAUUCCUAAAGCUGAAAAACUACCUGAGAAGUCUAAAGAAAAUCUUCCGGAAAAGGCUAUCGAAAAUGUGACCCCAACAGUGCCAAAAAAUGGUGAAAGUGAAAAGAAUGAAAACGUACUAAAAUCUUUAAAUUUGGGAAAUAAGCCCUCUACACCUCUAUUUGGAUCAUCAACUGGACUAACAAGUCCUACUCAAACAAGAGCUAGUCCAGCCCCAAGUGAGACCCCCAAAGCAGUAGAAGUGAAACCUGUAAGCCAGCCUGAAAAUCUUAAAAUAGAGAAAUCAGAAACGCCACCCGCAAGUUCCGCAGCCUCAUCGUUAUUUGCUGCUGCUAAUGCCGCUUCACCGACUGCCGCAAAACCGCAACAAUUAUUCGGGUCCUCUACUUCAACCUCAUCCGCGGCGUCAAUAUUUGCUAAAGCCGCUUCCACGCCACCAACAACACCAACGGAUAGUCCUGCGUCUAAAGAGCCUUCAUCACCCGCUACGACAACGUCCGUUUCCGCCGCUUCUUUAUUCGGCACUGCUGCUGCAUCCCAAGCAUUCGCAAAACCGUCGCAAUCUGGAUCAAUAUUCUCAUCGACCUCGACGCCUUCGAGCGUUUUUGGUUCAACACAAGGCUCUAUAUUCGGCACUACUUCUACGACAACCCAAAGCACAUCUGUCUUUGGAACAUCAACUGCUCAGUCAGCUUUUAGCAGUUCAGAGUCUAAACCUUCAGUUUUUAGCACCCCUUCGCCAUCUUCUCCGUCAUCGGUGUUUGGAUCUGCAGCAACAACAGCACAAUCCGUUUUUGGGUCAUCUUCCGCUUCCGUAUUUGCUGCGACAACUACUAAAUCUUCUUCAGUAUUCGGAUCCCCGUCAGUAUUUGGAACGACGACGACAACAGCUCCCGUUUUCGGAACCACCACGGGUCAGACUGUCUUUGGAACGGCCACGACAACAACUGCUCAAAGCGUAUUCGGUGUGACGACAACGACGACUCAAUCUAUGUUCGGUUCAGCAAGUUCUCCAAGUAUAUUUGGCUCGGCUGCCGCAGUAAGCACGCCAUCUUCCGUAUUCGGAAGCUCAGCCAGUACGCCGCAAAGUGUAUUUGGAACAGCACAAGCAGCUACAACACAAGCUUCUGGUUCGAUAUUUGGAGGUACAGCAACAACGCAGUCUUCUAUCUUCGGAUCUAGCAGUCCGACUACACAAGCGUCAGUAUUCGGAGCGACAUCUCAGGCAUCAGUUUUCGGGUCGCCUACUGCAGUAACACAAGCUUCAGUAUUUGGUACUGCCACAGCUACUACGCAAGCUUCUGUCUUCGGCAGUCCAACUCAAACAACCCAGGCAUCCGUAUUUGGAAGUCAGCCUACAACAACGGCUGGGGGAUCGCUAUUUGGAGGGACAGAUAACUUGUUUGCAGCAGCAAGUAUAUCCACCACGAGUGCAGCGUCGCCAACUACUGGCGGAAGCAUAUUUGGUGGAGGAUCUUCAGGCUCAGUAUUCGGCGGAGGUAGCCCGAACGUGUUCGGUGGUAAAACGUCAUUCAGUCAGAGCAACCCCCAAGCAGCGUCUAUAUUCGGCGGAGGAACCGCCUUUGGACAGAAGCCUUCAACUAACUUCUGGGCUGGCGGUAACGCCAAUAGCGGGAAUACGUUCGGAUCUUCAGGUUUUGGCCAACAAACAACAACGCAAGCAUCGUCGAUCUUCGGCGGCACCACAGGCGGUAGUUUCAGCUCUCCGUCAGGAGGCCAACCGUUUGGAAGUCCACAACAGUCUUCUGUAUUUGGCUCGCCUCAACAGCAACAACCUUCAUCUGCAUUCGGAGGGUCUCCUGUAUUUGGCAGUAAGCCUGCUUUUGGACAACCUGCUGCCUCUCCGACUGGCGGCGGUUUCAGUGGCUUCGGCGGAUUCAACAAGAGCCCUAGUUCUGGCUUCGGUGGCGCCGCUUCCUUCGGUGGCGCUCCUGCCUUCGGAGCUCCGGCCUUCGGUGGUACUUCGCCCAGCAAAGUGUUCGGAGGCACUGCUCCGGCGCCAAAUUUCGCAGCAACACAGUCAAACGCAACAUUCGAAUCGCUGGCAACACAGAACACACUAACGUUUGGCAACCUGGCACAACAGUCUACCACACCGAGCCCGCCUGCACCUAGCUUCAACGCGUCACCGUCUUUCACCGGUUGGCGUGGCUGAUGAUUGUAUUAUAAGGAACGAGCAUUGAAGAAACAGUGUCAAUGAAACGAACGUUUUCCAGUUAUAUUUACCAUUUACCUAUAUCGUAUAGUUCUCAAGAUAUAAUCAAGUCUUUUGAAACUAACAAAUAUAUUGUACAGUACCACUUUGAAAUCAGAUUUUGUAGUAAAACCUGUAUUCGAUAUGUUUUUUUCUGUAAUUCUAACAUAUGUAACGUGUAAUUCUGGCAUUUGUCCGUGUAAUCUAAAUAAUAAGGUAAUUUGUAGCAAAUAAAACAAUGACUUUUGUAUUUAAA